AAGUUAAGCGAAUUUUAAAAUUUGCGAUCAGUUUAAAAUUAAGUACCGCAGCAGCAACUUGCAGUGUUCUGCCAACUGCAUUUCUUACUAAAUUUAUUGCUUACUAACUAAUCUUAAGCACCAACAAAAUAACUCACAAAAUGAAAUUUGCGCUUACUUUCGUGUUCAUCGCGCUAUUUGCACUUGUGGCCGCAGCCAAUCAAACGGCGAGCCACAACCUCUUCAUGGGCACACGGCUGCCAGGCGAUCGUCAUCUGGUGCGCGAAGUAGUGUUUUCUAAAUCUGGAUUUAUGCGCAAGAAGUCCGGUGACUAUACAUUCGAACAGCGGAAUAUACCUUAUCCAGCGAUUAUUACAAGCAUCGAAGUGAAGGAUCAGUAUAUAAAUGGCAAUGGUGGCUAUGCGACGCUGACGAGUGGUGGUCCAGGCUUCAAUUUCGUGAAAUUACAUUUCACUAGCCAAUGGUGGCGUGGCUACAAUUUCGUUAUUGAUAUUUAUGGAAAGUAAUUGUUAAUUGAUAGUAACAAUUAGUUAGUUAAAUUAGUGAAAUUGUAAUAUUUGUGAUCUAUUUAAAUCGAACUCUUACAAUAAAGUGUGAUUUUACAAGAAAAUUUU